GCUGUAUUAUUAUCUUAUUCAGGAAUUGACAUAUAUAUCAGACAUAAUUCAACAUGGCACCAACACGAGAUGCAAAUGUGGUCAAGAUUGCAGUGGAGAUGAGGGUGAUGGACAUGAGAGCUAAUCCAUAUCUUGGAGAGUUUAGCUUACAACAGCCCCUUGCAGCAUUCAUCGUAUAUUCUCUGUUGCAGGAUCUGUGUACAUACUGGAAAGUAGAUAACCCUGGUUGGUAUUCACUUCAGUACUCAGAACCACCAUGCCAUUAUGUUACAGAGAAGAAUAGAGGCAGAAUUAAGGAUGGUACAGUUUUGUCAUUAAUUCUGUCAGCUGCAAGAAUUGCAGAGGAUAUACUGAACAAAGUAAAGAAAGGAUCACCAGAUGAGAAAAAGGAGGCCCUUGAUAGACUAGUCAAAAUGAGUUCAGACAUAACAUUUGCUCAUGAAUUCAUAUCAAAGCAGGGUAUCUCACUAUUAAUUUCAUAUAUGGAAGGACAAAGGGUUGACACUGUUCUGCUGCCCAACAUGCUGUCAUCAUUCUUAGAAUUGAUGGAUCAUGGCAUAAUGCCAUGGGAGAUUACCAGACAAUUUCAUUGCAAAGGUAUUGAAAUUUUUGUACCACAUAGCCCGUGCAUUUAGUCUUCUCUUUUGGUACUUAGUUAAUUAGUAUUUGUUUAGUUGGUGCAGUUUGUAAAAGCCAAGUCAUCUUAGUUCCAUAUUCAGUUGCCUUACUUUGGGUGACCAUGUAACCAGAAUUCUCAGACCUUGAAUGCAGGUGAUUACACCAAAAACACUUGUUGAGCCCUUUUCCCUAAGAUCAUUAAGAUCUUCAGAAAAAAGGUUAUGCAUCAUAAUCAAUAAGAUUUGAAGAAGGAAAGCAAGAAUUUAGGAAAGAUU